AUGGCCACAUUGAUCGAUGGCAGCUUUAACCCCCGAAAACGGCCGCGCCUCUCGCACGCUGACUACACUGUAGCCUGUGUAUGCCCGCUCGCCGUCGAACUCGCCCCGCUCCGUGCCAUGCUCGAUACUAUUCAUGAGGAUUUACCAGCCCAACGCAACCACAAUGCCUAUGUUCUUGGGGAAGUUGGAAAACAUAACGUGGUCCUAGUGGUCUUGUCUGGCAUCGGGAACAACCAUUCAGGGAUUGCUGCGACUCAAGUCUUAAACGACUUUCCCUCCAUACGCUUCGUCCUUCUGGUGGGCAUCGGAGGAGGAGUCCCGAGCGCCGGCUUCCAAAGGAUGGAUAGCGUACGACUGGGUGAUGUUGUGGUCAGCCAGCCCACAGAUACAUCGGGUGGUGUCAUCCAAUUUGACCGAGGAAAGCUUCACGACGGCGAUUUCUUCGAACGAACCGGAUGUCUGAAUAAGCCUCCCGCUUUUUUGACUGCUACUGUCGAAAAGCUAAAGGCGAAGCAUUGGCAAGAAGGAAAUCAGAUCCGAGAGCUCAUUGCGGAUAUGCUGUCUCGUAAUCAACAUAUGAACAUGGCUUACACCUUCCCUGGCUCAGAACAAGAUCAGCUUUUUGAGUCGGGGUACUACCACACAGGGGGUGAACACUGCCAGCAAUGCGAUGUUACAAGAGUAAGACAUCGCGAAGAACGCGUGAACUCUUUAUUGAAUGUCCAUUACGGCGCGAUUGGCUCCUCCAACUCUGUAAUCAAGAGUGCCAUGGAACGAGACAGUUUGAGAAAGUCAUACAACAUUCUCUGUGUCGAAAUGGAGGCCGCCGGGCUCAUGGAUGCCUUUGAUUCCUGCCUCGUCAUCCGGGGUAUAUGUGACUAUGCUGACUCACAUAAGAAUGCACAGUGGCAGCCAUUCGCCGCUGCAGCGGCUGCAGCAUAUGCAAAGGAAUUUCUGCUGACCAUUCCGGCCCAACAGCAGAGUGACGCACAUAUGCCCACCAUGCUCUCUGAACACAAUCGCGAUCUUUCUCAUGCCUUCCAAAGGGAUGAUAACACUUUCCAACAGCAACCAGAUAGUUUUUCCGUUGACGGGGCUACGUAUAAAAGGCUUCUCGAUUCCCUAACCUUCCAACGUAUGAACUCGCGUCUUCUAAAUAUCAGUCGCGCUCUAUCUCAGACAUGCCAGUGGAUUUUUGAAGAUGAGACGUUCAAGACAUGGAUCGCUCGCCAUAAAAGUAACGAUCACCACGGAUUUCUCUGGAUCAAAUCGAAGGCUGGAUCCGGGAAGUCAACAAUCAUGGCGGAGAUCCUGAACACCCUCAAACGAACACACUCGAAAAAUGUCAUUCUCUCCUACUUCUUCAACGCACAAGCUCCAGGCUACCUAGAAAAGUCAAGCAUCGGGAUGUACCGCUCUCUAGUACAUCAACUUCUUCGGACCUGUCAAUCUACUCAUCAGCACUUCGUAGAACUUUUUUCUACCAAAGUGCAGGGUGAUAACGUUGAUGAAUGGUCGGCAGUGGAGCUGCAAGGAUUCCUGACGCAUAUCAUCGAGAAAGUUGGAGGUCAGCCGAUAGACAUCUUGAUUGAUGCACUCGACGAAGGAGACGAUAGCGACGUACGCCAAAUGGUUGCCUUCUUAGAAGACCUGAGCACGAGGGCAGUCAACCAUAGCACCUUGCUGAGGGUAUGCCUCUCUAGUCGACAUUACCCGCACAUCAGUAUCCGCCAAGGACUUUACAUUGCCCUUGAACAUCAAGACGGACAUAGAGAAGAUAUCGAGCUGUUUGUUCAGCAUACACUUCGUAGUGACGGAGAAGGCAAGAUGGACCGGCUAAGAGAAAAGGUCUGCCAAAAAGCGUCGUCUGUAUUUUUGUGGGUUGUGCUGGUUGUGCCGAUGCUGAACCAACUAUAUGAUCGUAGUCAGUUCAUGGAGAUGGAGAAACGCCUUGAUGAGAUUCCGGAUACGUUGGAUGGGCUCUUUGCUCAGAUCCUGGCAAGGAAUUCCGAAGACAUCGGAAUUUCUAUCCUGUUGCUGCAGUGGGUACUUUUCGCAAGACGUCCUCUAAGUCCCAUUGAGCUUUACUCUGCAACUCAGUUGGGGUCAGCGUCCGCAUCCCUGGCAGAAACGGACGUUUUGCAUGGUGAUUCAUUGAAUCGAUACCUCCUCAAUUGCUCCCGUGGGCUUACCGAAAUCACAAAAGCCAACCCUCCUGUGGUGCAAUUCAUUCAUGAGUCGGUACGAGACUUCCUCAUCAAGAAAAAUGGCCUGGCAAAACGCGAUCCGACUCUUUCCGAGAAUUUCGAAGGUGUCAGUAACGAGCAUCUAAGCAAAGCAUGCUUACGCUAUUUUGACCAAUGUCUCCCACCACAUCAAGGUUACGAGAGGCGAGGAGUUCCGUUUUGGAAAGGACGCAUACCAUCAUUUCAAAAAACCUUUCCAUUCGCAAAAUACGCAGUCACUUAUAUGUUUUCUCACGCAAACAUUGCUGAAGCCAUGGGCAUUAGCCAUCUCCAACUCGUGAGACGAUUCCAAAAUAAUAACACUGGAAAUCUCCUUACAUGGGUUCAGUAUUGGAACAUCUUUGAACAAUUCCAAAUACGAAGAUAUACUGCGGAUGUCCAUCUGCUCUACAUCCUGUCUGAGAACAACUUACUUCAUCUAAGCAAAUUGUUACUCAAAGACAGGGUUGAUGUGAAUGUUGUCGGGCAGCGCUAUGGGAAUGCAUUACAAGCAGCUUGCGCUGCAGGUCAUGUUGAGAUGGUCAAGCUCCUUCUUGAAAACGGCGCAGACGUUGAUGUUGUGAGUGGAGAGCACAAACACGCCCUGUUUGCAGCGAUACAUAAAAAGCAAGAUUCGGUCGCAAAGUUACUAGGACGCAUUGGUGUCUCACCGCCAAUCAAACUACUUGUGGAACGGCUUCGCACUGCUGUCCGCCAGAGUAACUGGCCUACAGUUGAGGUUCUCCUCGCCACCGGGACUUCAGUGAACCUAAAAGACAUGAAAAUAGAUGGAGAGCCUCUUCUUUAUAGAGCAGUAGAGGAAGGUGAAACGAGUGUCGCUGAAUUACUUAUUCAAAGAGGGGCCGACGUGAAUUCCUACGGUGGUAAAUAUGGCUUUGCUCUACAAGCCGCAGCAGUUCGGGGCGAUCAUCAGCUGUCACGAAUAUUAAUCGAGAAUGGAGCGAACGUUAAUAAUGGUGGAGGCUACUAUAGUAACGCUCUAUACGCCGCAAAUGUUCAGCACGCUUAUCAGCCGUCACAAAGGCUAAUUAAGAAUGAGGUGGACGUCAAUGCCUCUGAAGGUGGCUGGGGCAACGCUCUACAAGCUGCAGUAGCUCGGGGCGAUUAUCAGCUAUCGCGAUUCUUACUUGAGAACGGAGCGAACAUCAACGCUUGUCGAGGCUACUAUGGCACCGCUCUACAAGCUGCAGUAGCUAUAGGCGAGCAUCAACUAUCACGAUUCCUACUCGAGAACGGAGCGAACAUCAACGCCUCUGGAGGCUACUAUGGCACCGCUCUACAUGCUGCAGUGGCUCUGGGCGAUCAUCAACUAUCACGAUUCCUACUCGAGAACGGAGCGAACAUUGACGCUUCUGGGACCUACUAUGGCACUGCUCUACAAGCCGCAGUGGUUCAGGGCGAUCAUCAACUAUCACAAAUACUAAUCGAGAACGGGGCGAACAUCAACGCCUCUGGAGCCUACUGUGGCACCGCUUUACAAGCCGCAGUGGUUCAGGGCGAUUAUCAGCUGUCACGAAUAUUAAUCGAGAACGGAGCGAACGUUAAUAGCUUUAAAGAGCAAUAUCUGAAUGCCCUACAGUCAGCGAUACAAAGUAGGCAAGAGAAGAGGGCAAUGCUAUUAAUUGAGAGCGGAGCGACGUAUCUUAAUGCUCUACGGUCAGCGUUAAAAAGUAGGCAGGACGAGAAUAAAUUGCGACUAAUUGCAGGGGGAGCGGACGUUGACGUCGACGUCGAUGUGGACUUCUUUGCCACUACUCUGGACGCAUUUGAAGCACUGGGCUUUGAUCAUAUAAAUCGAGAAUGCAACAAACAUCAACGCGAUUACAUCACAUCUUGA